AUGUCCUCGGCAAACAGCAGAAAGAAAGAGUUACAAUCAUCAGCCGAAGGCUCCAACGGUAGGUACCGUAAAUUUACGUGAUUUGCAUGUGUUGCGUGAAUACCAUUUGAAGAGAAAUUGUCAUUUUUGUUACGUUUCUUUCUUAAGUUAGAUUUUUUAAGGCGUUUAAGUGGACAGGAAAGUCUAUUUUUUUUUCUACCUUUAACAUGAAGUGAAAUAUAUAAGAGAGAAUGGCUAUGUUUCCAGUGUAAUGAUGUUUUGUUUUGAGAAUUGGCGCGUUCAUCUCUAGUUUACUGAUGAGAGUACAUGACACAUGUUUUGUGACGAUAAGAUUAGUCGCCUUUCGUUCAUCUUAGAGCAGUUUUACAAGAGCAACUUCGUACAAUACCUAUCUUCUCAAAAUUGAAGAGUUGUAGCUUUAUGUUCGCUGCGAAGUGCUUUUUUCUUUAACUUCGUAUCGUAAAUUUAAAAGUUCGCGGUAUUCGAGAUCUGGAGCUCGCCGGGACUUGAAAACCGUGCGGGAUUUGGGAAAGAACGGCUAUUCCUUACGCUUUAAAAACCUUGAAUCGACAUAAACCCCUUUGCGUGUUGAAAAAAACUUCAAGUAAAUAUUGUUUAUUUGAAAAAAGGUGAUUUUCUACUCCGACAGUCCACGCGUUCACCGCUGUUAAACUGAUUUUGUUGAUAAUCGCCUAAUGUUGUUCAUUCGGCAAAAUUAGAAUGUUAGGUUCUAUCAAGGCACUCCUUUAAAGGGAGUAUUUCUCUUAAAUGAGAGGUUUGAGGUUUAUUUUUUAGAGGAUUUAUUUUCCGGAUAUAUAACACCCUUCAAUGUGACGAUGGUAGCUCUUUUUUUAUUAUUAUUAUUAUUAUUAUUUUUUACUGUAAGGGUUGGAGGGAUUCUUUUUUUACCUCCUAAAUUUAUGAAGUUGAUUUAAGUUUAUGAUGAAAACGGGGAUCGUUGUAGGACACAACUUUGGAAGUGAUUGUGUGGAUUAUAAGGAUAUUGCCUAAAAAUAAUCUGGACAGAUGUGCACAUCAUAAAAAAAAUUUGUUUAAGAUUCCUCAGGACAUUUUGUAACCAAAAGACAGUCAAAUCAUGAAUGUUGUGUCCAAUUUUUGCUGCAUGUGCAGCAUGCAUGUGCAGCAUGCAUGUAGCACAGGCAACAAAUACUGCAGCAGUAAUCAUACCAUGCUAUUCAGCCAUAGUUUAGCACAGAGGUUCUCAGUAUAGAACUGGUGUGGAACCCUGGUCUAUUUGUAGAACAGCAGCAUGUAGCCAUUAGUUAAAAAAAUGCAUUCUUAGCCAUCAAAAAAGUAAUUAACCCAUUUAUCUUAAAAGUGAUUUUUGUGAACAGUGUCAAGAAGGGAUAAAGCAAUUACUUUCUUUAGAGAAAACACCCAUAUAGAGAUAGAGACGUCUAUUGUUUGUCUAAAACUUUGGUUAAGUCAGAAUUUAUUUCAGUAACCAAUCCAUUGUGUGUUUGGUUUGUAGAAGGUUUGAAAAGGCAGUCCUUGACUUGAUUUGUGGAUAGUAAUGUAGAUGUACACAAUAUUUUUUUUUACAUCAUAAUUUUACACCAGGGCUACAGAAAAAGUUUGAAAUCCAGCUUGCCUAUUUGGGACAAUGCCAAACAGUUGGAGUACAUCUAUUUUCCAGUGAUUAAUUUAAAAGGCUUGGUGAUGUUUUCUACAUGCCAUUUGUCAAAUGCACUGUAAUAUUGGUCAACUAAUUUUCAUUUGAUAAGUUGUAAUGACCAAGAUCUCCUGAUAUCACAGUACAUAGAACAGAAGAUAGUUUUACAUUAUUGCAGAAGUUGCUUUCUAGGCCUACUUACUUACUGUAAGAGCCUGAUAGAAAGGUGAAAUCAGCAAAUAAGGCUUUAUACUCAUUUUACUAUUACCUUAUUUAUUCAACUAUAAGCCAAGCAAUUUUUUGGAUCACAUUAAUUCAUCUGAGUUAUGAUUAAUUGUUUUUCAAUUGAAUAUCUACCUUUUUUGUCCUUUGCAUAUUAAAUCACCAUAAAUCACCAUUGUUAACAAUUCAGUCUUAAUAAUUUUCCCUGAAUAAUUCAGUCUUGUAAUAAUGAAUAGGUCUUGGCUUAUAACGGGGUGUUUUUUAUUUAUUUUUGGUUCUUGUUAUGCCGAGUCUACACAUACAAAGUUUGGGGUCUUGGCUUAUAGCUGAAUAAAUAUGGUAAUAUCUUAUCUUAAUUUCAGUUUCAUUAAAGCAACAAGAAGAGUAUUGACAUGGAAACCAGACUAAGCUCUUUUAUUGUGGGCCAUGGAUGCUAACAUUUACUUUGCUUUAACCCUUUAACUCCCAGGAGAGAUUAACAAAUAACUUCUUCCUUUAAUAUGCAAAAAUUAUCAUGCAAACAGGUCAUGAGAAUUUUCAAACUAAAUCAGGUCAGAGUUGUUAUCUCAAUCUGACACCAAAUUCUCGUAACUUAUUUACAAGGAAAUGUGUAGGGGCUAGAGGGGAGAAUUAACAAUCAGAUGCUAGCAGUUAAAGGGUUAAAGUAACCUUUUUGGCCUUUUUUGAUAUCACCUGAGCAUGUGUGUAUUUCAUGUCUUAAUAGAUGGGGAAGUUGAGAAACCUCAAGCAAAGAAGAGAAGAACUGAGGACCCUGGAUCAGCAAAAGGGACUCAAAAUGGAAAGAAGCGUAAGAGAGAGGAAGAAAAUGAGGUAUGUGAGUGUCUAUCAUGAAUGUUACAUCUUGUAUCUUGUAAAACACCCAAUUUUAUCUUGAUUACAUUUAUUCCUCUAAUGACAUAACAAUUUAGUCAUAUUCUAAAUUUGCCCAGGCAAAGUAAGUGGCAGUAUUUAUCUCACAGGCCUACAAAGCUUUUUUUGAGGUUGACUCUAAUGAAAAGGUUAAAAUACUCUACAGGAUGAUGGGAAAGUCUCAGAUGAAGAGAAGUCGGUGAUAAAGACAAGUGCAGCCCCAGACAAAGAGCCUUUGUCUGGAGACACAAAUGCCAAUGAUCACAAUAACAAGGAUGUAAGUGAGCUGCCAAAGUGAAGAUUGCUAUUAUGCAUGUUCCGGUUUGAUAUCCUUGCUUUAAAUCUAUUCAAACUAGUUUUAUUGUUAUAUUAGAUUAUUGAAUGAAUAACAGACAAAGAGGAAUUAAAAAUCAAACUGGUUUGAAGAAAUCUGAACCAAGAAAAAAUGAAGGGAGAUUAGGGAGAUUAGUAUAACUGUGUUUCUGUGAGAUAUUUUUAGAUUUGAGAGCACCAGGUGUCUGAGAGUCAGUCCUCUUAACAUAAAAAUUAUCAUCAGUGUUAAGAUUUGAAUUAAAUCAUCAGUUGUGGUAUUAUCAAAGCAUAAGUUUUAAACAAAUAUUGUGCUCUGCCAAUUUACUUCAUGGUACUGUUAAGUGAAACAGAGUUUUAUUCUUAAUUUUAAAUAUCCACCCUUUGGCCAUAAAGGCUAUGCCCAUCCAUACCCAGAUAAUGACAGGUAACUAUUUACAGAAAGUAUUAAAGGAAGUUUACUGAGUAUACUGUAAAUACAACAGAAAUAUAUCUGGUUAAGAGUCACAAUUUACAUGUUUAAAAGUUGAACUCAGUACUAGUAAGAAACAAAUCUAAUGGAGUGUUGUAAUGGGAGAUUUAUAUCCAGGACUUCCAGAUUUCAUAUGAAGCAUCUAAAAUUGUAACCACACUGGCUUUCUGCUUCUCCCCUCCACUGGCUCUUUUCAAAACUUUCCUGGCCUCCUCUUGGAGAGUUAGUUAAUUCUGCUCCAGGAAAGCUGCUUAAGAGAGUUUGAAGUGUAUCCUGAUCAGCUCAUAAUGUUGCUUAUCUUUCAGGAGGAACCAUCCAAAGCGGAGGCAGUCGCAAAACAUUUUUCUCUUAACAAUGUUGAAGUGAAUCUGUCAGAAGAGGACGAACAAGGAAUGACUUAUCUGAAGUUCAACAAACUAAUAAGACCCUUGAUUGUAGAAGCCAAUCCUGGAACAGCACACACCAAGGUGAACUCCCUUCUUGGUGCCAUUUGGAGUGACUACAAGAGGAAGAAAGGAAUGAACCUUCACUCCUCAAGUACUGCAAGUCCUAAAGGUGGAAGCAAAGCUAAAAAGCAGAAAACUACUCGCAAGUCAACAAAGCCAGCUAAACGAGCUGUAAGUAUAGAGUACCUGUCUGAAUGUACAGCUUUGUCUGUUCUGAGCUUGUUAUAUUUAAAUUUUGAGGGGUUUUAUCUUAGUGUGAGGCAAAAGUCAAUGGUGGGUACUGUAGAUAUGCAGUUUGGUUUAAAACAAAAAUGUUAUAACAAGACUAGUGUUAGACAAGUUGUAUAAUAAGCCCAUGUAUCUUACUGAUACUUGAAUUAAGUAAAUUGUACAAAAGGAUUUAGCAUCAGUCUUGUUUGUGUGGUGCUUUUGUAAAUGUUAAGUGCAUGUACUGGAGCUGAUGCCAUCUUGUAUUACAUCUGACAAAUAUCAGGUUGCAAAAUCAUAUUUCACUAUUGACCCUUCCACUCCAAAUAUCAAAGUACCAAUUUUCUUCAUUGUCUACCAUACCUUUCAUAAAAUUAAUUUAUCUGAGAAUUUGAUCAGCUUAGUAGAAAUUUUGUUUUGUUUGUAUUACUCUUUUGCUUAAAAAUAUGUCAGUCCUGUAAAGAGAUGUUCCUCCUUGGUCUGUCUUGAAAGUGAAAUGGUCAAUAGUCAAAAUACCAGCAGGAAGAUAUCAGUAAUUGCCAACUGUCUUCUUAAUUCUUAAACUCCCAUGAGGUACCAAGACAGAAUGUCUUCUUACAACAUCAAAACAAAAUCAAGUAGACACACAUUUAUUAUUUAUUAAUUAUUAAUUGAUCCAAUACCAAAAUUCUUUGAACCAGCUACCUAAAUCAUAUGAAUUGUGUGGCAGACAGUAAGGAGAAUUAUUUAUGAGAUCUUGGGAGUGAAAGGGGUAAUGGUGUAUGUUGUAACUAGACUUAGGUUGUUUUGGAAAUUAAUAUGUACUGUUUCUGUUGAGUGAAUGAAAGAGAUCCAGUCAAAGGAUCUGAAAAAGCUGUCAAAUCUCCCAUGUGUGACUUGAGUAUAAUUCAGAAACUCACCAACUUACCUGCCAAGCCUGGCUUUUAACGGCGUGUGGAAAGAUUAAACUUCAAUGGAGAUAGUCACUCUCAAGGCUUAACAAAAAGUGUGUAAUGUCACUUAAAUGAAUUUAGAUGACUGUGUGGAUAUAUAUCUUGAUUUGGGUGUCAAUAUUUUCUGUACAGAAGGAAGUUGUUGACAUAUCAGACGAUGAGGACUCUGGUCCUGUUUCUGCUGCUGAGGAAGAAGAUGACGAUGAUGAUGACGAUGUAGUCCUCAGUGAAAAAAGUGAUCCUUCUAAAUCUAGAACCAAGAUUAAAAUGCUGUUUAAACCAAAAUCAAAGGGUAGUAAAGGUUAGUCUGGUGCAUUUUAGCUGUCUUUCCUCUUUGCUAGAAUAUUUUGUUGAAGUAGUUCAUUUAAGACUGGUUUUAUUAAUGAAUGUGAAAAGAAACCAGUGUCAUUAAAUGGUAAGGAAACUAUGUGCCAGUAAAUAAUUUUCUCUUUUUGUUCCAUUUUUACAGGAGAUAAGAAAAUGAAAGUUUUGGAUGACGACAGUGAUCGUGGCAGUGAAGCCAGCUCUGGUAGCAGAUCAAAAAAGGGUAAUAGUACAAAGAGUGGCAAAAGUAAGUCAAACAGGAAAAAGCUUGAUGAUGGAGUUGAUGAAGACAGUGAUACAAGCCAGGCUAGUGGAAAGAAUAACAAGAAAAAAACUAAGAAUACACCAAAGAUGAAAAGGGAAAAGGUGAUAAUAAGCAAGAAAAGGAAGGAGAGAAAGAAAAGUGCAGGUGAAAUUUCAUUUAUAAUUUGUUCUCCGACAUAUGAUAAAGUGUGGUAUUUGUUUGCUUUCAGACCAUUUUAACCAGUUGGUUUCUCUCUUACAGGAAAUGAUGAUGACAAUGUGAUGAGUGUGGUAAGUUGUAGUCUACAUUUUGUCUACCUGAUCAAGUAAACUCAAUCUUUUUUCUUGGGGUGCAUUUAGGUAUCCAAAAAACUAAUUUUUCCCCCUAUUGUAGGGGGGGGGGGGAGGAAUUAGUUUUACUUACACAGAGUUUAGGGUUAGUGGCCACAAAUGUCAGCAAUUAGGCACUUUUAACCCCUAAGAGUAAUUAGCAUACAAUUUCUCCUUACAAUAUCACCACUGAAUAACACAUUUAUGUCAUGAGAAUAAAGGAAAUGAUCAUCAACUAAAGAAACUUGAUUGCUAGACACAUUCUCCUCAGCACCUUAAUAAAUGUACAGAGAACAGUAUAGGGAAUACGAUGUUUAGGUGUGAAGGGUUAAAGCUGGGCAUUGUCACCCUUCUUUUCAAUCCCUUUUCUUCACAUUAUUUCUCCUCAUCUCUCAAAUUUUGCCUAUUAUCCAUGCUACUCCUACUGUAAAUUAGGCAAAGAAGACACCUUUUCUGUAGAAUUGUUCAGGAAGACUACUGGUAGAAAAAUUAUGUAAUAAAAUACUACUUAAUUAAUGAUGUGCAUGACAAAAUUACAGGCUUCUGAUUGGCUGAAAAUGAGUACAUUUUCAUGUAAAAUAAGUGCAAAGUUGUAACACAAAUGCAAAUUACAAAUAGCACCCACACGCUUUCAAAAGUUCCUGUCUUGACUUUCAGUGACUUUUUUUUCAUGUGCAUUAUUAAUAUCGUGCAAUUUGGUGUAAUAAGCACUUGUAAAUUCUUCAAAUACUAUACUUCAAAGUGCACUUGCUCUAUGCAAUUUUGUUGUCUUUGUAAAAUUUACUUGUGCUUAUUAAUACCAAAUUUCUCUCAAAAUCAUGUUAUUAUCUAUACUUAGGUGUAUAACUACAAUGAAAGAAUGAGGUUUUUUUUUUUUUUUGAAGGAUGAGCAUCAAGAUUACUGUGAGGAAUGUGAAGAGGGUGGAGACCUGUUGUUGUGUGACACCUGUACACUGUCAUUUCACUUGCGUUGUCUUGAUCCACCCCUGGAUGAGCCACCACAGGGACGCUGGAGUUGUCCUGUUUGUGUAAGUUGUCACAUUAUUGUUCAGUCCUCAGUGGGCUGUUUGUUGUAUUUUUGUAAUGUGUGGAAUUGAGGGGUUUUUGGAACAUAGCCCUGCAGUAGAUUUUUGACCUUAUAGGUCUUUUUUUUUUUUUUUUGUUUUUUUUUUUUUAAGAACCAUGAGCAACAGGCUUGAGGCCUUUUUUUAUUUUUUUUAUAAAACCUCUAACAAAAAUGAGGUCAAACAAUUUCCUUAUUUUAAACUACCUGUAAAAAUGAGCCAGCAUAGGAAGGGUUCUGUUUGUUUGUUUGGUUGGUUUUUUUUUUUUCAAAUAUUAUAAGUUACAUGUGAGGAAACUUUUUGAUGUGAUCCUAAUGAUUUUUAGAGUUUUUUCCUCUUAAUUUGUACUGGUAUAUAGGAAGAUGAAAAUACUAGUGAUUCCAGUGAAGACAUGCACAGCGAUUAUUGCAGAGUUUGUAAAGAUGGUGGACAAUUACUUUGUUGUGACAGCUGCCCAUCAGCAUAUCACUUACAUUGUCUGAUUCCACCAAUGAAGAAAAUUCCUGGAGGAGACUGGAGGUGUCCCAGGUGCAAGGUAAUGUGUGUGGACUAAAUCAAUAUCACCCAUGGAUGAACCCAUGUUUUGCAUUGCUUUUCUUUUCUAUAAAUCAAACUGACAGAAAAAGUACAGUUGGAAAACUCUCAUUUAAGUGAUAGAAGUGAUUAUUCUCCCUGAAGUGUGUACACAACUGAAAGCAGGCAACAAAAUUCUAAAUUGUCACCUGCUGCUGAUUAGCACAUUAAUAUCAUUCUUAACCUCUUUUUUGUCAGUUUUGGUUUCCUAUAUUAAAGUUAUUUUUUACUUUCAGAGUGAGCCACUCAAGGGCAAAGUAGAGAGAAUUCUCCAUUGGCGUUAUGUAAACCUACCAAUUGAAGGUACAACUCUAUAAUUACACUAUUUACACCUUUCAUUCUCAGGGUAGAAGUUAAUAUUGAAUGGUUAUACUCCUGUGAAGUCUGCCUAACUCUUCAUGACUUUGUCUAUUGACUUUCCAGAUACAUUGCUUGUUCCAGGUGAUCCACAAGCAUUUACUGAACCUGAGGUAUGAUAUUAUAAAUAUUUAGAUUUAAUUUACAAACAUCAAUUAUCUUUCACUGCUGGAGUUUCCUCUAAAACUGAUUGUUCUAAAACUGUACUCAACUUAACUGAUGAAUCAAAACUGGUCACUUGCAACUGAUGUAUACUAUAUUUGGCCUACAGCCAUUUCCAUUACUGAAAAACUGAUCACUCUUUGUAAAUUAAACUUCUGAAAAAUUCACUUGCAACUGAUGUAUACUAUAUUUGGCCUACAACCAUUUCCAUUACUGAAAAACUGAUCACUCUUUGUAAAUUAAACUUCUGACAUUUGUACUGAGAAUCAACUGAGAAUGAUUCUGAUGAUGACAGCCACUUAGCUUGUUUGUCAGUAACUUUUGCCUCUUCAGGACUUCUCUCAAUGUUAAUAUAACACUUCAAAUGAAUGGUAAGAUUAAAUUACAACACAUAUUCAGUUUAUCUUGGUGGAUAUUCAUUAUCUAUUUGUAGACCUAUGAAACUAGGGAAUUCUUUGUUAAGUGGAUUGACAUGUCCUAUUGGCAUUGCUCAUGGAUCACAGAACUUCAGGUUUGGGUUUUGAUGUCCAUGUCAGUUUAAUCUUUGAUAAGAGGUAUUCUAGAACUUUGCUGAUGAUACUAUACAUUCAUAUAAUACAUGGGUAUUUCCAAAGGAAUUCUGUUCUCUCCCCAUCACAAAAGUGUGUAUAAUACUCCCUUUAUCACAAAAAUUCAAUUCAAUCUAAGUAUCUUGUUUAUAUCUACCCUCUUACUUGUAAAGUAACAUGAUUUGAUGAUGAGGUUUUUCUGUCAUUUAGGCAAGGAUUAUGGAGCUUCUAACCCCCAAAGAAGAAAAAUGUGCUUCCUUGGGUCCUCAAAUAGAAUAUCAUUGUCUUUUGUUGAGCUGUGUGUGUCAAUCACUAAUAUCCUGUGAUUAAUAUGUCAAAUAUCAUGGAUGAUAUCCUAAGUGAUAAUGGAAUUAGCUUUGAUUAAAUGGUCUUGAACAUGUGCUUUGAUUCUUACAAACUUCAGCUGGAGAUCUACCAUCCCAGUAUGUACCGUGCCUAUUUUCGCAAAAAUGAUAUGGAAGAACCUCCACCCAUUGAUGAUGGGGAUGAGGACAAGGAAACCCCAGCACAUGUGAUACAAAACAAUAAAGCAGAAGAUGAAAGUAACCUUGAAGCAAGGUUUUAUAGAUAUGGAGUGAGACCAGACUGGCUGCAAAUUCAUCGUAUCCUUAGACACAGGUUUGUAAAGUUCAAAGGGAAGGCAUGCAUUUUGGCUACUUUCUUUUUGUUACAUUGCUGAACACUUACUAACAAAAUGAUGUAAUCACUGUCAGCCGUAAAAUACUGGUUUGAUCAUUGUCUAAUACAUUGUAUUGGUAAGAAAACUCAGUAUUUUGCUUAUUUAAGAUGUCUAGAGGAUGCACUAGUAAAAGAGUUAUGGGAGGAUGGGGAUGUUGUAAGUUGUAAGAGUUUUUCAUUUUGUUGGUUUUUGUGUUUUUCUGAGUGAAGUUUUUCUCAUAAUAAAUUACUGGGGAAACAAUUUUGUGUGUUUGCCCAACCCUCACCUCAAAACCUUUGUAAUGAUCCCUCCCACAAGGCCAUUCUGGUUUCACAUGUGGUUCUCUUGUUAUUUCCUUAUUGGAUACAUAAACCAUUUUUUGUCAGUUUUUACCGUAAAAUUUGAAUUUGAAAAGUUUUAGAUGUUGAAAAGUGAACACAUGAUUAAAGGUUUAGGAAAUAUCUUGUCAAGCUAAUAUCUUAUUGGAGAAGUCAGCCUAUUAGAGGCAAUUGAACUGAUCAUUCCUAAAUUAAAAAUAUGUAAUUUAAUUCUAUAAUCCAGAGCUAACAAGCAAUCCAAAGAAACAUACUUUGUAAAGUGGCGAGAUGUUCCAUAUAACUUGAGCACUUGGGAAGACCCAGAUGAUCCUAUUAACUCACAAAUCAGGUUUGUUAUUUCUCUUUUAAAUGGUUUUAACCCAUUGACCCCCUAAAGAGUGACUAGCAUCUAAUUUCUCCAAACAAUAUCUCUCCUGAGUCACACAUCAAGGUCAUGAAGAAAGGAAAAUAUCAUGAUCUAAAGAAGCUGUUGGUUGUUAAACAAAUCAUCCUUGUCAGCACCUUAAUAAAUUUAAAGAGAGUUGUAUGAAGAAUAUGCAUAUUCUCCUCAGAAGGGAGUUUCUGUUCAUAUUCUUAUCACUGCCUUGGAAGUAAACUGUAGUUUGGAUAUAAGCUGAAUUAACUACAGUUGGUAAGUCUAACACAGCAACAUUGUUUUUUAAAAAUGGUUAUAUUUUCUUUCUUGUCUUUCAAUUAAUUUUUGUUGUGAAGUGAUUUCAAGGACCACAUUACCAAGUACAAGGAACUCAGGUGAGAUACUUCUUGUUUUUCUGUAAAGUUCUUAAAUUUUAGAUAUUUAAUCUAUAGCUAGGGAGCUAAAUUUUUAAUCCAUCUACUUAAGAAGCUCUUGAUCAAUAGACAGAUUCUCCUUGUCAGGACCUUAGGAAAUGUAUUGAGAACAGUAUGGAGAAUAUGUAUACUGAUGUUUGCCUGCAAGCUGUUUUGCCAUGGAAAUAUCCCUGCAUUUUUACAUUUCUAAGUGAUUUUUUUUACAGAGAUGUUUAUGAGAAAAAGUUUGGCAUUGGCAAGAAGAAGGCCCAGAAACAAAAGAAAGUGAAGAAACCAGCUCCAAUUGGUGAUGUGAGUUCAGAACUGAUUUUAGAAUUUAAAAAUUUGACUUUGCUUCGUUUUAUUUUAUUUCUGUUUUUGUAUAAUUUUGACAGUAAAGAUAAUAUAGAUUGAAUGAUUGUUAAGGAAUCGGUUUGCAUGCCAUAACCAGAUAACAGCAUUACUCAUUCUGGCAUGCAGACAGCGAUAUUUAAUUUCAAUCAGUGAUACUGUUAUGAAUGGGGACAGUUUCUUAAGAAAUUGUGGUGCUGUGUCGGAGGUGGAGUAUAACGAAAAAAAUUUAGUUUUAUCAACUUAAUUGAUCAUGUAUUUUGGCCAAUAUAGAGUUUGUAAAGCUGCUGUUUCAAGUGUCAACCCUUUGUCAGAGCAAAGUUAGUAGCCUAAGUGGCUCUAAAAAUUUAAAAUGUUAAACUCCAUUACUGUACUAAUUGUGCAAAAUAUUAGAGGUAAAUUUUUAAUAAGUUACAAUGAAAAGUAUAUAUUGAUCCUAAUUACUCUUUAACUCACAAAUUUAAGAGUUAAUCCUGGUGCACAACAAAUUGUUUACAAUUACUAUUUAAAUGUCUAGUAAUUUUUUAGAUAAGCAUUCUAAGAAGGCCAUACUGUUUAUGUUGACUGAUAAAGAUACAAAAUAAAUAUUCUACCCUACAGAUGUUUAUUUUCCAUUGGAAAAUGAUGACAUAAGAAUUUUUAAGGAAAGCUUCGUCUCUGUGAAAUAGUAACUUCCACGAUUAAAUAUUACUUUAAAGUACCUAGUUCAUUACUUAAUAAGCAGCAUUCAUCAUCACCAUCAUGAGAUUUUUUUCUGCUAAUAUCACUUGUAUUACAUGUGUAGGAUGAGGAACCUACUUCAGAUUCAGAUUACUCCAAAGUUGAUAAUGCUGAUAAACCUGACAAUGAUGUAAGAGGCGUUUGUUUAAAAGGGAACAAUUUACCUAAUAAGUUGAUAAUAAUAUAGAAUAUAACAUGAAAUACUGGCAACUGGUGCCAAAUUUUUAGAAAUGUGGUUUUGGGUAGAAACAAAAAAAAAUUAAUUCAUAUAUGAUCACUUGCUCUCUUCUGUGAGGAAAAAAAAAAAUUUGUUAGAGGAAGUUUAAAAGUUAAUAAACCUGCAUAACACUUAAAUUCCAGCUAGUAAAUAUAAUCUUUCCUUUGAAAUGUUGUUCUCUUUGAGAACUCCAACAAACUGAGUUUAGUGUACAAAUCCAGCUUCUUAAGACAAGCACAAAGUUAGUUGCAGUAACAUAUUUUUGGUCUAAAUUUUUUCUAAAUGUUGACAGACGUUAAAAGAAAAAACAAUUUGUGGCCUGGCCUGCCUUAAAUCUUGCUACAAUUUAAAAAGUUUCAAACUAACAAUAUAAUGACAUUGUGAGCACACUUCAAAGUGACUGCUAGACAAUUUUAACAUGCUUUUGUCAACAACCAUUUUUGUUGCUUAACUAAACAGCCUCGUGACAAGUAUGAAGAGCAGCCAGGCUUCAUUGCAGCAAAUGCUGGUAAGCUGCAUGAUUACCAACUGGAGGGAUUAAACUGGUUACGGUUUUCCUGGGCACAGGGCACUAACACUAUCCUGGCAGAUGAGAUGGGUCUUGGCAAAACUAUUCAGACUAUUGCAUUCCUGUACUCCAUCUGGAAAGAGGUAAGUUCAUUACAAUCAUACUUUUUGUACUUAAUGAUUGUAAUCAGUGGUUUCCUUGCUUCUAACUACUUCAAGUCUGUACAGUCAAGAUUACUGGAGACAGGCUGCCCUGAUAGCCAAGGCACUAGAUAGCAGCUUGAAAAGCGUAGGGUUUGAGCCUUACUGUGGGUGUGCACAGUGGUCCUGGAGGAUUCACUCAUAUAGCCCAGCACAUAGCCAGGGUUUUAACCUAGACCUUUUGACCCUAAGUUCAGCAGACUUAGCAUAUAACCACUGAAUUUUCCAACCCAUCUUAUGUACAGAUUUGCCAGAUUUAAGGUUUGAAUCCUGUCAUGAAUAUACUUAAACUAGCCAUAGCCUUUCAUGAUACUGGCAGACUUAUAUUCCUAACUAACUAAAUUAAUUUAUCUGUUAUUACAUCUCUCUUUGAUCCCUUUUAGGGUCACUCACCAGGUCCAUUUUUGAUUAGUGCUCCCUUGUCUACAAUUAUCAACUGGGAAAGAGAGUUUGAAUUUUGGGCUCCUGACAUGUAUUGUGUAACCUAUGCUGGUGAUAAAGUCUGCAGAGCAACAAUCAGGUUGGUGCCAAUUUAUCAAUGAAAUGACAAAAUGUCAUCUUUUUUACAAGCCUUCACUAAGGUAGAAAAAUGAGUCCUGGAAUGGUAGAAUCUGUUUAGUAGAGGUAACAGAUGGGGAGGUUUGAAAAAUAUUUUUCUAAUUAGGACAAACAUUUAUUUCCUUUAAGAGAGAUUUUCUAUAACUGGGGUCCUGAUGUAGGAACAUCCUGUCUUCAUCACACCUGUCAUGAAAAAAAAUCCGCUUUAAGCUUUCUGUAACAAGUGUAUUUGAGAGUAAAAUUAGAUUUUAUGUAAUGUUUCAUUCAUCAACUGAGCAAGGUCCUUAGUUUCCUGAAUAUUGCUUAUUGAGGUGUUGAAUUUUUUUUUUUUUACAGGAAUCAUGAUUUUUCAUUUGAUGAAGAUUCUGUUAAAACAGGACUGAAACCACAUAAAUUGAAGGUUAGUGUUAGGCCCCUGUGGUUAUCACAGCUGCUUUUUCCACUUCUUGCAGCCAAUUAUGAGAAGAGUUCUCAAAACCCCUGAUUUGGACUUUCUCUUAAGAGAUUAACUCAUAAGUUCCUUUAAUGUGGAGGAAAUCUAAGAUGAUAUGUUGUGUUUUGUAGAAAGAUCAUCCAGUGAAGUUUCAAGUGCUGUUGACAUCAUAUGAACUGGUGUCCAUUGAUAUGACUACACUGCAGUCCAUUGACUGGGCUGUGUUAGUGGUGGACGAGGCACACAGACUGAAGAACAAGCAAUCUAAGGUGAGACCACAAAUGAUAUGCAGAACUUUGUUUUGUCAUUAGAUAACUACAGUUUGCUAUGAGAUUUGAUGGGUAGCAGGGAACUUAAUAAAAAUCAUAAAAAUUGUCCAGCUGUAAUUAUACCUUCAUUAAUGUUUUGUGAAUGACAGGACUCCUUACAUAAGCUAGUUCUACAACAUGAGGCACUUCUCAGUAAGGUGCACAGCUCUGUGUAAGCUAAAUAUGGGUAGUGGCUGCCCCUCAAUGCGGGUGUCUUUUCCUCUCAUCAUCAUGAACAAGAAAUGUUCAAAUACAUAAAGCAUUGCCAUUUGUAAUUUCCAUGUGUGUUUUACUUUCAUGUACCACAAUAGGUUUGAUUUCCAUAACUCUCUUUUGUUUAGUCUCCAUUCAAAGGCUUCUAUUUCUAAAACCAGCCAUUAGCUGUUGUGCUUAUAAUUAAUGAAUGAUGUGUUUCUCUUUUUUUUUCCAGUUUUUCAAGAUUCUGAGUGAGUACUCUAUUGAUUACAAGCUGCUUCUAACAGGAACACCUCUGCAGAACAACUUAGAAGAGUUAUGGAACCUUCUUAACUUUUUGGAUCCUAAAGAAUUUAGGUAUGUACCAUUUUAAACUCUGCCUCACAUAUAACUAAAUCCCUGAUCAUAUUACUCAUGUUGUUAAAAAGUGUUUACAUUUUUAUUCUAUUAUCAAUGUCAAGUAGUGUAAUAAAUCUAUGAUUGUUCUGAAUUUUUACUGUCUUUUGUUUUGUUGUAAGAAUUUUUGUUGUUGUUUGUCUUCUCUAGGAACCAGAACACUUUCCUUACUGAAUUUGAGGAUGUAGCUAAAGAAGACCAGAUCAAGAAGCUCCAUGAUAUUCUUGGUCCUCACAUGUUGCGACGUCUGAAGGGAGAUGUCUUGAAGGGUAUUCCCUCCAAGAGUGAGCUCAUUGUCAGAGUGGAACUGAGCCCUGUGCAAAAGUAAGUUUAAGUGAGAUGUGAUUUUACAUUGUGGCAAUCACAGCAUUACCUUUUGAUUUCAAAUCAAGCAUUUAUUUGUUAGAGAGUGAAAGUUCUUCCUCAUUUUUCUUAGUUCAGUUAUUUGGUUUUCAUGAAAUGGUUUCCGUGUUCCAUAGAACUGUGUUUCUGUUUUUUCUUUCAUUCAGUCAUAGUUUUUAAUUCCUUUUUGUUCCUCUGUUAUUUAGGCAAAUAGUGAUUUUCAAUACAUGUCUACAUGUACUCUGUUUUUUAACAGGAAAUACUACAAGUAUAUUUUAACAAGAAACUUUGAAGCUCUCAACACUAAGGGCUCUCACCAAGUGUCUCUGUUGAAUGUAAUGAUGGAGUUAAAGAAAUGCUGCAAUCAUCCAUACUUGUUUUCUUCUGCUGCAUUGGUAUGUUCCUUCACCAUGUAUAGAGAAAAACUGAAACUUUUAUAAAUGUAGAUAAAAAUGAAAAACAGCUGCUAAGAUACUUAUUAGAUGUUACACUUGUCAGAGCUGUCAACAAGAGCCAUUACUUAUAACAACUGUUAUGGCUGAGCUCACUCAAAGUUGCAGAUGAAGAUGUUGUGCUGUUAUGUUACACUUGGCUGCUACAAGUGAUAUCACCAAUGUACCAGCAUCUUUGAAACUUAGUGACAGCCCUGCUUGGGAAAAGGUUUCAAUAAGGCUUACCAUCAGUGAAGAUCUAAAAUAGGGAAACUGCAUAUAGGCUUUCAGCAGGCUGCCAGUAGCUGGUUGAUAAUCUGUUGCUUAUGCAUCUACUGAGUGUUGACUGAUAGAGGAAGGGUAUUGUUUUUAACAAUGAUUUAUCACCCCUCAAACUACCAUGAAUGACCAAGACAGAAUUUUUCCAUAGAAUAUCAAUACAACAUCAAGUAGCCACAUGAUGAAAAUAAAGGAAAAUAUUGGACUAGGGGAUUAUUAGUUGUUGCAAUACCAAACUGUCCAAAAUUAAAUCAUAAGAAUUGCAUGGCAGACAGUACAUAUAAUUUCUAAUGAGAUCUUGGGAGUGACAGGGUUAAAAGGAUUGUUGGUUUUCUUGUUCACCAGGAAGCCCCUCGUGGAGCCAGUGGUAACUUUGAUGCAGCAGCUCUGACACGUGCCUCUGGCAAACUGGUGCUGUUGGAAAAGAUGUUGAAGAAAUUACAAGAAGAAGGACACAGGGUUCUUAUCUUUUCUCAGGUGGGAAAAAGAGAUGGUCGUCUGUGACAAUUUCUCAAAUGUAGAGAAUUGCUGGAUCAAAACGGACAUGAAAUUCUAUUGAUAGUAUGUAGUACCCCUUUAAUCUUGCAGCUCAGAAAUACUAAUUGUAUAAUGCAAAAUGUAUUUUUACUGUCAGUGUCGGUUUUCUUGAGAGAGUGAUUUCAAGUUAGUUUCUAAAAUAAUCUGACCUGGAUUGCAUUGGUUCUGCAUCUCUUCACUCUGGAUUAGAUUUUCCAGAUUGACCUGCUCAACUGAAAAUUAAUACUUAACAGAAAUUUUUUUCUCGUACACAGAUGACGAGAAUGCUUGAUCUCUUGGAAGAUUUCCUCGAAGGACAUGGCUACAAAUAUGAGAGAAUUGAUGGAACAGUCAAUGGAUCAGCGAGACAGGAGUGUAUUGACAGGUUUAACGGUGAGCUUUACAGACUUUUAGCCUACCUCUUAUUAUAAGUGUGAAAUGAUUUAUCUUUCUCCUUAAAGAGAGAGAGAGAGAGAGUGGUUGACAACUAAAAGUGCGCAAUCUACGAUACGAAAACAGCGCUUCAUUGCACAACUACAAUAUUAGAAUCCUCCAAGUGGUUUUCAUGGCAUUCAACCAGACAGUAACCCCCCUUCUUCCUCACGCUUUCCUCCGCACACAAAAAAGCGCAAAGUAUGAUUCCUGUUGUGCAGCUUGGCAUGAGAGAAGUGCUGAAGCCAGCAGCUUGUCACUAUCCUAUAUUUCUUUUACGUUUGUUUAAUUUUGUUUAGCUCCUGGUGCUCAGACAUUCUGUUUCCUGCUGUCUACUCGGGCGGGAGGCCUGGGUAUUAAUCUGGCUACAGCUGACACAGUGUUCAUUUAUGACUCCGACUGGAAUCCUCACAAUGAUAUUCAGGUUUGUGCUCAGACGAAAUAUAUGACCCCUCUUUCAUCGAUCUCUUUGUGUGUGAAAAGCAAAGACGGGCAUGUGGCUUCUCAUUUUGUUGUUGGUUAGCUGACUGUUUUGUUUGUUCCAUUUUUUAUCAGGCAUUCAGUAGAGCUCAUAGAAUUGGUCAGAACAAUAAGGUACAUUUUAACCUCAGUUAUAUGUAUAAAUGUUUACCAGUCUGUUACUUGAGAGAAAGCUUUCUUCAAAAUGAUACUAAAACUUAAAAUGACAUAGUCUUAAUGAAAUGUUUUUCAAAUAUUUGUUUGGGGCACGCACGUGACAUCUCAGCAAAGCAAUUCUUUUGAUCACUGUGUAGAAUUCACAUAACUGCAAACGUUUUUUGAUUUUUUGAGGAGUCAUCAGUCUGAAAAUUUAUUUAGUUAUCUUUGUUGAUUAGAAUCAGAACUACUCAAUGGUCGUCGAAAAAUAUGAUUACCAUUGAUAACCAAAGAGUAAAUACCUCUUGCCUUGCUUAUAAACAAAGCACUUAAAGAUGUAUAUAUAUAUUUUUUUUUUCCUUUUCCUUUUUUGCUUGCGUUUUAUCGAGUGUUUUCUCCCUCUUCCCAUAGGUUAUGAUUUAUCGUUUUGUCACGAGAGCCAGUGUUGAGGAACGUAUCACUCAGGUAACUUUUUUAUGGGGACAAACUAAGGAAAUUUGUCAAAAUAUAUGGGGACUGAGUAUUGUGGCUGAGUGUGUAUUGGACUUACAACGUUAUAUGUUUUUAAGCCUCUGUCAAACAGGAAAAAACUUUUCCUUUUUACGGUGGUUGUUCAACAUUUCAUAGAGAAGCCCUGAUGCUACAUGAGACAGCUAGUAAACCAAAAUGAAACAAGUGAACAAAAAAGAAAACACGUGUUUGGAAACAUUGUGUCCACCUUUUUCCUACUGCAGUGUUGAUAGGUGUACCAUUUCUCUUGGCCCGAACAACUAAAUCUUGAUGUAUGACAUAUUUGCUAGGUUGCUAAGAAGAAAAUGAUGUUGACGCAUCUGGUUGUGAGACCUGGCCUAGGAUCAAACAAAGCAGCGGUGAUGUCCAAGACCGAACUUAACGACAUUCUCAAAUUUGGCACCCAAGAGCUAUUUAAAGAUGAUAAUGCUAAGGAUGGAGGUAAGACUUGUGUGUUUGACUCACUCGAAAUUUAUUGUUAAAAUACCUUUGAGGGAGUAGGGUGAAAUUCAUUGUUAGCAAAAUUGUUGGAAAUAAAGUUAGAGAACAAUUUCCUUCCGUCUUGUUUGGUAACGUUGAGCUGUUAUGACUGAUUUUUGUAGGCUCCCUUGAAACACUUAACGAUAUCGGACACAAGGAUUACCUUUCACCUCCGAAAUGUAACUUGUUUGCGUAUAUGCUCUUAGAGAGAUUUCGUAUUUCUUGUUGGGAGAACUGCUUUUGGUUUUUGAAUUAUUGUCAUCUAUGUACUCGACAUUACCUCGAAACUGCAAAGGGAAGAUGCAGUUUUGUUACUUCUGAGUGCGAAUGAGUUUACUUUGAAAUAGCUGAGUUACGUUAUAAUGGCUAUUUUUUGAACCGGUUUUCAAACGUUUUGAUUUAGACUCCGGUGACUCUGGACGUAUCGAUUACGAUGAGAAAGCUGUUCUUUCACUGCUGGAUCGAACCGGCAAUCAUGGAUCAGAGGCACCUCCUGAUGAAGACAAAGAUAUGGCUAAUGAAUACCUUGCUUCAUUCAAGGUAAGAGAGGAAGUCGGGGUCUUCAAAAAAAUAUGUUACUCUCAAUUAGUUGAUUAACAAUUUUAACAGCCAAUCAUUUUGACGGCUGAAGUGUGAUAAACUGUAAGAGUGUUAUUGUUAUUGCGUCGAAGGUUUGAAGUAUAGAAGAGUGUGAAUCCAAGCAGUGCUAUUGACAUUUAAUGAAACUAACCGUCUUUUUCAAUUUACCAACCUACCUUACAACUCUUACAAAUCUAACAAUACUAUUAUAACUAGUUCAUAAAUUCUCUCGACACUCGGCUUAUUUGUGACUUAAGUUUGACAUACUCGCGGCCAUCGUUGUUUUAUAAUAACUUACACGCAGCACGUAGUAUAACUGUUACGCAUGUCAAAUGAGAAGUAACAAGACAAUGGCAAUUUCUAUGGCUGUUUUCUUGUGAGGACUUUUCUAGCCUCAAGUGUUUGUAUCCAUAUCUCCAUGAUUACAAACUCACCGCUUUGACAUGCGACAUAAAAAGGAAGUUAUCAGGGCCUGUAGCCUUAGCAUUAGACUUUCAGGGUAGUAUAUCACUUCCACAGUACUGUAGAAUAAAUAUUCUACAAGUAAUCUGCAUGGUUCUAUUAUUUUUGGUGUCUUUUCAAGUUAAACAGAUACUUCGUUGAGACAUGCAAACAAAAACAGUAGAAGUGAACCGGCAUGGCCUGCAGCCUUACUGUUAGACUGUGUGGUAGUAUAUGUUCACAUAGUUACUGAUCAGCAGCCACCUACUCAUCUUCCAAUUGUCAGUAAUGAUAAAAAUUCCCACCUUGACUCUUGAAGGGCUUUUCGAUUGAGUGUCGUCAAAGCAAAACCGUAGUAAUCACAAUGGCCAAUCAGAUGAAAGGAAAUACCUUUAAGAGCCAAUGAGAACCAAAGUGAAAACAACCAAACCGCCUAAAGCGCGGGAAAACGCGGGUAACCCAGUCACGACUUGCAAGUCUUUUGGACCAAUCACAGAGCGAAGUAAAGCAAAACCAAAACACUCCCGGAUUACUUUCGAUACUCAAUCGAAAAAUGCUUUAAUACAGAUACAUCAAAAGUCAACAACCAGAGAUAAGAGCAUCAGAAGCAACGAGUCGUUUCAGUCUAGGAUCAGCAUUACUCUAUUACUAACAUUUAAGAGCUGUUAACCAGUUUUAUUCAUCUAAAGAUUUUGGUAGAUUUAGUAUAAAUGUUUACUUAGUUUUUUAAAAUUUUCCUCUUCUGCAAACCUUGACAAGAGUCUUAAUUUUUUCCCCUCAAGGUGGCAAGUUAUGUCGUGAAGCAAAAGGACGAAGAUGUCGAAGUUCUUAAGGUAUGACGUUAUGCCUUGAGAGUUUGUAAAGGACAACUCGUUAAAAUGUUCUUUUCUUGCUAUCCAUCAAAUACGUUGUUUCAGAAUCGAGUGUUAAUCGUUAUAAAAAGAGUGUUGUGUAGCAACACUAAUCCGAAUGGAAAAUGUGUUUAGUUUCUUUCAAUGUAGUUUCAGUGACAUUUUUCUUGUGAUGACAGAUAGGGUAGCCGUCUCGUUGUUAAACCAGGGGAAAUAUCCGUGACAUCCAUAACCGCUGUUUUUGUUUGUUUGUUUGUUUUUGGCUACUUUAAAGUAUGAUUUUGGAAGGUAACACUCAGGUUUGUAAUCGUGUAUGUUGACUGUUUGUUAACAGCAAGAUGCAGAGGCUGCCGACCCUGAUUACUGGGAAAAACUCCUGCGCCACCACUAUGAACAGUUCCAAGAAGAUGAGGCAAGGCAUCUUGGGAAGGGAAAGAGGAUAAGAAAACAGGUAGAGUUAUAUAGAAUGUAGCACUGGCAGGGUUAUUACGCAGUGCUCCUCGUCUUGUGGCUUAUGUGAAGAUCGACUUGCGGCUUUUUUUCUCUUUACAUGCGGUUUCAAUGCCGAACCAAAUAUUAAGGUCGUAAGAAUAAAAUAUACGAUCGCCAUGCAACGGAGCUUUUGACUGUAAACAAAUUUUUCUUGUCAGUACCAAAGGAAACUUAUAGAGGACAUUAUGGAGAGUGUGCACUGUAACAGCGAAAGCGUUAUCUUUUCAACUCCGAAUUUUCAUUACACAGCUAAUACACAGCAGCACCAGGUUGAAACUAAAAACAUAGAUAAAAAUUAAGUUGAUUAAGAUAAACAAAUUAGAAACAAAAAUGAACAUGAACGAAGCCUAAUCUCUAGCUGCUGCAAUAACGAAUAAGUUUUAAGUUGAAGAAGACUUCUAGAUAGAAAACUACGCCAAGCAAGACUUGAGGUAACUGACUUGAAAAUUGAUUAUGCGUAAAAGAAACCGGCUUUAAAUACCAGAGAACUGCGAAAUUACGCGCAUUAUGAGAACCGUGUAUAAAAGGUGUAGCUCACGUAAAAAACGUUAACAUACUUAACAAAAAACACGCUAACGAGGAGGUUUGAAAAACUGAAGGACGAAUAAAUAAAUAAAAAUUAACAAGCGCUCUAAAUCCUACAUGCACACGGACGAAAGGGUGCAAAGAAAAAUCUCUUUGACUCAAAAAUCUUUCUUUCAUAGGUCAGUUAUGUGGAUGGAGGCAUGGAAGAUCAAGAGGAAUCAGGUAUACUUUUUGUGUUUUUUUUCCUGGCUCCUGUUCAUUUUUAUGUCGAAAUAAAAUGUGCAUCUUGAAGUACUCAGUUAUCAUGAUAAUUCAGAGGCAGAUUUAAAUCUGGCAUUUUUUGGUGGCUUUUCAUCCAUCUAACUCUUUGCCUUUUUAGCUUGGACCAACAAUCUGUCAGACUACGACGACGGGGAAUACAGUGACGUCGAGGAGGAAGAAUCAGAUGAGGAAUUCAACCAAAAAUCUGAAGGUAACGAGCACUCUCAAAUACAUAUUUUUGUCUCUCUCUUUUUUUUUUCUUUUUUGCCGUUUGUAGUUUGAACGUGUCUUGUCCACUAUAGGCCGUCAGCGAAGAGCCGCCCGCGGUGCCUCAGAUAAAGAUGUUACUCCACCUCUCUUGGCCAAAGUUCAAGGAAACUUAGAGGUACAAGAGAAGUUGAAUCAGUUGGGGUUUGGAUUUCUGUCCAUCCACUUAAUAUUUUUUGGAGAAUAAGCUUUCUUAACAAAUAUUCUUACUGCAUUUUAGAGGUGGAGUUCAUGGUGAUUUUUUACGUAGUGCCUAGCCAUCUUCAAUUGGUAGCUUGACUCUUUUUUAAAUCGUGAAUGUCAAACGAUUGAACGAUUUUUUUAAUUAUCAAAACAACGAUGAACAAAGAUAUCUUUUGCACACAAUUAAAUUGUUUUCGAGGCUCCAAUUUCGUUUGUGAAGUGUGUUUUACAGCUAAGCGUUUGCCAAUUUCUCAAAUUGUGGGCACCUGUGAAAUUUCCUUAGAAAAGAGACUGUAAACUGCUGAAUGAAGCCAAAGUCCCCCGCCAUAUGUUGUAAAUGCAUCAGAGCAUAUUAACAUGGGGAAUGCGCUCGACAAAUGCAUCAUCAACAUCAUUUGGUUGUCAUCGUUUGGUUUUAGGUGUAUGGUUUCAAUUUACGACAGCGAAAGGCGUUCCUGAAUGCCAUCAUGAGAUAUGGUUUGCCUUCACCUAAAGGUUCUCCUAGGUCCCAAUGGUGAGACUACCUUAUUCUUGUAGUAUUAAACCUUGUUUACGCGUCUAUUAUUACCAGUUCUUCCUUAUCAACCCUGAACACGCUAACAUCAGUUAGCAAGUUCCACUUUUCUCUAUAAAUUUCCUAUAGUACUUUAAGGAGAAUUUGUCUGACAAUCAAGAUCUUCGUGAGUCUGCGAUCACUUCUUUCAUUCUCAUAACGUUAAUGUUUGAUUCAGGGUUGAUACUGUGGGAAAAAAUAGUUUUUUAUCUCUCUUAAAAGUUUAAGGAUUAAGGUUAAUCUCUUUGGCUCUUUUUAAGGUUUGCAAGGGAUCUACGCGGUAAAUCAGAUAAAGCUUUUCAGUGAGUAAAAUCGUUUUAUUUGUUCUCUUUUCAACAAGUUCGUUUCUAUGGAUUUAUAUAUAACGACCUAUCUCGUCUUACGACGUUCAUCCUCACGACUUAGUAUGACUGUGUAUGACUACCGAUCUCUACGAAAGAGCCUUGGCAUUAGUUUACGUAGUAGAUGCCAAACAUUUUCUGCGAUUUCUCGACCCGCAGGGCGUACGUGUCAAUGUUUCUGCGCCACUUGUGUGAGCCGGGCACAGACAAUAGAGAGACGUUUAACGAUGGAGUGCCCCGUGAAGGACUACAAAGAACACAAGUGCUGACCAGGAUAGGCAUCAUGAGCUUGAUAAGAAAGAAGGUAGGUACUGACUCAGUGUCAGGGACAACAGCUGCCUUGCUCGGCUUUAAUAAACGUUCGUUAUGCAGUAAAAUUUCCCGACCUGGAUAGAGAAGUUUUUGUAUAUCUGACUUUGUGUGGUCGAUGAGAAUUGUUCACUUUUCGGUCUUAACCAUCUUUCGCAAAAUUAUAUUAUUAAUAAUCAUUUGCAUCAUACCCUUAUGUCAUCAGGUGGAAGAGUUUGCUCAUAUUAAUGGUUGGGAAGCUUACCCGGAUGAAGAAAACACAACCGAUAAGUCGUCAAGUAAGACCUCAUCAAGGGUCUCCACACCUAUAGGGGAAGUCGACAGCAAGAAGACUGAGGCGGAAGUUAAAACGGAGGCGAAAGAGGCAAAGACAGAAAAGAAAGAAGAUGAGGCUGCUGAAAGCAAGCCUGCAGCCAUGGAGGUUGAUAAAGAUGAACCGGGUAUGAAAUCUAACUUUGUCUUAAAAACUACUUCAAGCCACCUCUUCUCACCGAUUACCAGACUUUCCUGCUCAAUUUUACUGCAACUUUCACUCCUCUUCGUUUCGCUUUUCAUUAUUUUUAGAAGAGUUACCAUUGGUUAAUAUUCACGUAUUGCGCGCUUGUGAAAUAUCAGAUGUCAAUUACUAUUGGAAGAGCAGUAGUUGCAUCCGGAUACGUCGCUGAGCAUGCAAAACUAUGAGGAACGAUUCCGCAGCUCCCUGCAGUCAUAAAUUGACAGUUUGCACAACGUGUUCUGAACUCAAUCCCGUAACUUUUUCAUUGUGAAGACUCACUCUUAGUUUGCGGCGUUAUUUUAAUUCCGACAGAACAGAGAACGUUUUCGAUUUGAGAUUUGUGGCAGGUGAAGAAUUUCUGGAAAAUUAGGUAGAGCCGGUUUCUUUUUCUCACUUGAAACAUUUAACCGCUAUCUUUUCAGUUAAAACAACUGAAGACGAAAAGAAAGAUGGGGUGAAACAGGAAAGUGAGGAUUCAUCCAGCCCCACCGAAGACGAAGGUAAAGACAGCAAAAAUGAAGGAGACAAACAGAACAAAGCGGAUGAAGGUUAGUUUUAAAUUUAUCAAGAUUGAAAAGCAUUACAGUGAGUUUUACUUACAUCUUUAAAGCUCUAAUUUUGAGCUGAAUUCUAACAUAGUUGUACCUCCCCAUGAUGCUUCUUUCCUGAUGGCAUGUAACAUUGAACAUCGUAUAUUUUUCGGGUUGAACCCCGCCCAUAUGCAGCAGCCAUACAAAAGAAGCUAUUUUUUUCUUCUUUAAAUCUGUAACAGUCAGAGGUGGUAAUGAACUGCUUGGAGUACUUGACUUAAGAUGGAGAUGUCUGGUUUCUCCAUUUAGGCCCUUAAAAAAAUAUGCCAAAGUAUGCGAGAGAAAGUCGCCGUUAACCAUGUAACCACAAAGUAAGGUUUCCAUAGGAAAUGCUGUAUGGUACCUUGCGAUGGAUCAGUGUCUUGUGCAAGAAGAUAAGCAAUGAUCUUAGUUGCUUGCAGCGACCGAAGCGUGGAUGAAAUACAUUGCCACGGGUUACUUGGCUUGUGCGCCAUUUUCUUGUUUGCUAACUUUUGCAAUGUUACGUGACAGGCGAAUCUAACACGAAGGAGGAAUCAAAGAUGGAGGUGGACGCACCUAGCCCGAAGGUGGCUUCUGGGAAAGAUCAGGUCAAGGAAGAUUCGUCAGACAAAACAGAGCCUAUGGAGAUUGAACAACAAAAAGACGAGAAGUCUUUGGAAGAAAAGGACAUGAGCGGGGAUAAUGACGAAAAAGACGAUAACACUGUUGAUUCGGAUAAAGCUAUGGCAGAAGAAAAUUCUAACUGUGAACAAAAUGACGACAAAAAUGUUGAUUCUGAUCACAAGAAUGGUGAAAAUAACGGAAAUGUCGAUGAGCCCAAAACAGAAUUGGAAGAGUCUAAAGCUGAAGGUGAGAAGGAUUCGUCAGAUAAAGUGGACGAUGACAAACCGUCAGAAUCACCCCAAGACACGGAAAAGCCAGCUGAGGAAAAGGAGCCCGACGACGGAACAAAGAAGCCAUCAGAGGCAGCUGAAGAGGGCGAGAAGAAAUCAGAAAAACCUCAUUUGGACGACAAUGGCGACAAACCUUCAGAUGAAGCUGACUCGGCUAAAGAGGAAAUGAAAGCUAACGGUGCUGCUGAACCAGACCAGAAAACAACAGAAAAAGUCUCGGAAAAGUCUGAAGCUGCUGUGAAAACAGAAGAAACUGCAGUGAAACCAGAGGCAGCAGCAGCGACAGUGAAGCAGGAGAAGUCCACUGAAAAAUCUGCCGUGUCUGGCAAGGCAGGAGGCGCGCUUGGUGAUCAGCGUCGCUUUAUGUUCAAUAUUGCAGAUGGAGGAUUUACUGAGCUGCACACUCUGUGGGAAGUAGAGGAGAAGAGGAAAUGUGAUGAUAUCUGGUGGAGAUGCCAUGAUUACUGGCUACUGGCUGGCGUUGUUACGUAUCCUAAUUAUUUCUCACAUAGUUUAUCUUUAACUUUGAAAAACAAAUAUUUCUAUUCACCCUUUCUCGCUGUCUUCUCAUUUGAACGCUCUAUAGUCGAAAACUUUCAUACAUUUUUUAUUACAUGAAAGAGUUGUUUAUUUUUUUCUGUGUAGUGAGAUGAGCUGAUUAUAAUAUGUGGAGACGCUCUCUCCUCGCCAUUGAAAUUCAAGGAAGUUUUCAUGCAAUUACACCUACGUUUUAAACGUUUAGAUCCGCUGUCAUUUGUAUCUUGUUUUUAAUAACGACUCGCUUCAGGACUUCUGGUAUACGGUUUCCUUGACUGAAUUGCUACCUCUAGACACGGAUAUGGUCGAUGGCAGGACAUUGCGAAUGAUCGCAAGUUUUCUGUGAUAAACGAGCCUUUUAAGAACGGUAAGCUUCCUAAAAGCCUGCAUCUGCUUGCCUUAGCAUAGCAAUUUACAUAGUCCCAAGGCCGAAAAGGGAAACAUGUAGAAGCAUUUUAAGAAAUGCUUGUUGUUUUAGUUUCACAAGCGCUGUUAAGAUGUUGGAGAUUCCAUUGCAACUACUUGGUCUUGUGACACAGGGCACGAAACUUCUCUGCAUUGUCCGACCAAAACCAACAGAAUUCUGUUGUUCAUGUUACUGAUAUAUUUUGUUCUACUAACAUUUGGUAUUGUUUGUGUUUCAGUCACUCUGGAAUAUAAGAACCGGUUUAUCGCCCGCCGCUUUAAGGUAACGUUGAGGAAAUGUGUAUUCUUGUUGUCCCUAACAUCGUUAAGUAUUAUUAUUUUGCCGUUAAGUCCGCUAGUGAUACACCUCAUGUUCACUCGUAGUACCUUAUUAGUUAAUGUAACAGCGAAGUUGCGACGUGGUUCCAGUGUGAAACGGAAGUUCACUUCGGCAUAAAAUUGAUUGAAUUGAUUUGUUUUUCGCCUAUUAUACCUUAAAGCUAUUGCUGGUGCUAGAGAUUUCUCAAAGCACAGAAAAUCGCCUAACCUUCGGCUUCUAUUUGAUUUUUAGUUAUUAGAGCAGGCUCUGGUGAUUGAAGAACAGUUGAGGAGAGCAGAAUCCAUGAAGCUCAGACAAGACGCCAACCACCCAGCCAUGGCUCUCAAUGCACGGUAAGCAAUAUGGCAAAAAUCUAUCUGAUGCAUUGAUUUCUGAGGUUAGAGCGAGAAGUAACGAGCGCGAAGUUUAGCAAGUCUGACCCACACGCGUGUGUUACCCGCGUUCCCGCCGAGCGUCCACUACAUAGAAUAUUACUGACCAUUUUGUCAAGGGAUCAAGAAAGGAGAGGGUGAAGUCAAGAAGUCCGGUACCAGUCUGCGUUCAAAUUUAAAGUGAACUGGAAUAAGUGGAGUAAAUAGAUCCUUGCUUUUUUUCUUGUAGUCAGAGUUUGUUCUCUGUGCACUUUACAAGAAUUCAGCUUUUUCCAUCCUCGCGGACAUUUGUCUUAUCUUUUUUUAUUAUUAUUGUAUAUGCUGCUUCCUUUUCUCUUCACCUCUCUUCAUGCAGUUGCAAUUAUGCUGCAUUGAUUCUUUAGAAAUAACGCAGUAAUGACUAGUGUUUGGAUCCUUGUACAGGUUUGCGGAGUUGGAAUGUCUGGCAGAGAGUCAUCAACAUCUGUCUAAAGAGUCUUUAGCAGGAAACAAGCCGGCUAAUGCUGUACUACAUAAAGGUUAGUGUACCUGUUACAAAGAGUUUGCGCCAUUGUUUAUGUGUGGUGCAGAAUGGAGAUUAUUCUCAAUACAUUUUCACAACUCAAACAUUACUCCAGUAAAUACUUCUUGAAGUGAUAGAUAGUCGACUUAGAGGCGCGUCCUAAGGGGCUUGAAGUUGAAGGUAAUUUCGGCGCUAGCAAACUUAUCAUCCGAAUCAAAAAAACUAACACAAUUUGAAGUAAAGUUUCCUGGAAUACAAAAAGGUACAACUCUUGCAAGAAUAGACUCGGAGUUAAUCAUGAACGCCAAGAGGUUGGAAGAAGAAGUGGAUGGGAACUAGUGAGAAUUGGCGUCAAAAUAUUAGAAAGAUAUGGAGGAUAUCUUUCAAAUGAAUUGCAUUCAGUUCUCGAUAUAUCUCCCAAAAUGCCAUUCCUUCAUUGCUUUCAAUAAAUUAACCUUAGAGGUACAGCAAAUUGCAUAGAGGUUUGUAACUUCGUUUGACGGUAAUUCAAAAAUUGGUGAAAACGUUUCAAGGGAUGGGUUCGAGUACAAAGUAGACCUUGUACUGUUUAGCUUUAUUAUUUACCAAAGUUAUACUCACUUUACAGUGCUUAACCAGCUGGAGGAGUUGCUGUCCGAUAUGAAGUCGGAUGUCAAUCGGCUACCUUCGGCUCUAGUUCGAAUGCCACCGGUCACAGCUCGACUCAACAUGUCCGAGAGAGGAAUCCUUAGCCGCUUAACGAAACGUGAAGGGCCACCACCCAAUGUCACGGUAUCUGGAAAUCCAAUGCAGCCUACCCCCAUCCCUACCUCAGCGGCUUCAAUUCCUAUCCAACCCAAGGUGCAGCCGCUGGUACUUGCCGGAGGAACUGUCAUACCUCCUGCUCCAGGUGUUAAGGGAAGACCUCCUUUCCGGUUCAAUGUACCACCAUUGUAUUACCCAUCUGCAAUGUCAAGUGGCAGUGCCACCCUAACAGUUCGUCCCCCUCCCCCUACCACCCUGCUGCUUCCUGCCCCCACAACAACGGUGAAGUCCGGAUUGGUGCAGUCAGUGCCGAAACCCAGUUCUCCUCUGAUAAGUCAUCACGUGAACUCUCCUACACCAACGCAGUAUGUCACUACCCUCAUCACUAAACCGGCGGGUAGUGCAGCGGUGUCAACGGUGCCUCAGCCAAUAUCAGGUGCUGUGAGUUCAACUCCUCCUCUGACUCCCGUCAUUAAUAGUGUCUACAGUCUAAGCACAGGGAAAACUGGAACGGAAGCACAACGCAGCUCUACUCCUCCCUCGUCUGCCAUCGGGGCUGGUAUAGGAAAAAUGCUUAGUAAGAAAGCAACUACACUCGUAGAAAAUCAAAUUACUUCUAUUAUACGUAGAGAGGCAUCUGCUAUGGGUCUGAUAUCUUCGUCUAAUCCCAGCUCUCCCUCGGCAACGGAAACUCGCGCUUCUCCCGGACCGAAGCAAACCGCUCCCCAGGCUGCAGAGGAAUCCGACCAGAAGCAAACGACGAAGGCUGGAGACAAAAGCGACAAAGAUCCAGACGUGAUUUGUUUGGAUUGA